GUGGUGGUGGUACUUUUUCGAUUUUGUUAAAAAUCAAACUAGACGAAAAUCUUCCAUUCAGUUAAUAAUAAGUUGUCGGUUAGUUCAAAUUAGCAGAGCAGACCAUCGACAACAUUAAGUGAGAAGUCAGGAACCAUUUAUCGAAAUGGCUGCGCAAACAAUUGCCGUAAUUUCAUUGAUCAGCUUCCUAUCGCUGACAUACGGACAAAAUGAUCAACCAUUCCGAACAAAAGCUAUUGAUGGAAACUCCGGUCUUUAUUUUGAGGAUACUGGCAAAGUGAUUUUCUACAGCCAAGAAUGGAAAAUCGUUUCGAAUGUAAAUCUGACCGAUUACCAUAACGAGCUGAGUAACAUUCGAUAUGUCGUUUACAACAUCAGGAACUACUGUGAGGAGCUGAAGUCAAUUGAAGCGGAGAAAAAUGCUUCGGUAAAAGGCAACGAGGGAUGUGGACCGGCACUGCUUAAAUUAAACUUUUUAAUGGCUGACAUCGACACGAAUGAUAAUCAAUGGUUGGGCAAAGAUAAACGAGCGAAAAGGAAUGCCUUCUCCGACCUGGUGUCAGAUGACUGGCCGAGCGAUCAUUCGACGUUUCUGAAUGAAUUUACAAAUAUGUCCGCACAUGGCGUGGAAACAAGCGCAUCUGCAACUGAACAAACAUCUUACGUCAUGUCGACGUUGAAUUCAGUCCGGAAAUUAUCCAAAAAUAAUGAAUCCAUCGAUGCCUAUAUUGCGAACCAACUGUCCCAGGUCCAUAACACACUUGUUGCCGCACGAAAUGGAACGGUCAAUGCCGUCCGAUUGUUCCAAUUACGAACAACUAUUCCAGACAUAAUAUCGUACCAACUGCUGAUUCUCACCAAUUUCGCAUCAAAGCAGAAGCAAUACCUGAACCUUAUGUCGUUGGUGGGAGUCGCAAAUGCACCAGUUCUGACGAUACUACCCACAUCCAUUCUAUUGAGUGAACUGAAUAACAUUCGGAGCAUUGUCAGCGAAAAAGGUUUGGGCUUUCCUGUACAACUGGCAUCGGAAAAUGUGCAUUUACUCCUUCAUAUCUUAACGCCCGAAAUUUCCCGAUGUGGAGACCAAGUUUUCAUCACUUUUAAGAUUCCAUUGAUUGCGAAACUGACUGGAAACUACUUCACUCUGUUCAAGAUAACAAGUGCACUGAAUAAUGUCAGCGGUACUAUUUACAGCUUUAUUGUCCCCAAUCACGAGGUCAUUGCUAUCGAUGCUCACAAGGAGCAUUACGUCGUGUUAAGUGUCGAUGACUUGAAAAAGUGUCGACAGGUUGGAAAUGGGACUGCAACACUUUGCAAACAAACUUCACCACCAAUGUCCGUUCGUACAUCGACUGAAUGUGAAAUUAUGAUAUUGCUGAAGUACAGAAUACCGAAAUGGUGCGACGAACGGUACAUUCGUAACUACGCGGACAUUUUUAUAAGAGUUAUGCAACCCAACACUUGGCUUGUAACGAUGCCAAAAAGUAGCAAGAUUCGCUACCUGUGUGAAGGAAAGAAAAUCUACGAAACAACGAGUCAAAUAAACGGACUGCUGACCAUCGACUCUAACUGCCAAUUUUUCACCGACGAUGUGGUCAUAGCCGGGGACACCACUUUGCCGAAGAGAUCCGUACGUGAACAUCUAGUUGGCCAUUUCGAAAAAGAACAGCAACUAAACGAAACGUCUGGUUUGGAAAGCAACGAACAUUUCACAUCGAACCAUAUUGCCCAAGUGAUUGGUUUCGGUGAAAGCGAAUAUCUUUUACGCAUAAGCUGCAGCAGAUCUGAUGCGAGAAUUAUGAAAAGUGUAACUGAACUGGAAGAUAAAGUGGCUACACGUUUCGGUCCUGAAAUAUCUUUAGUGAUAGACGCCUUCAUCAUCUGUUGCACGGUUUUAUUUUCGGCUUGCUUUUUAAUUGCUACGUGUAAGGCGAUUGAGGAUUACCGUGCUUGGAAAUUAAAACACCCAUCAACCAUCACUCCCAAACCAUCUGCGCCAGCCGCCACUACCAAAACAUUCAUUUCAACAGCAUGAUAGAACUGUAUGCAGCAAUUUUUAUGCUAAAAAAAUAAAUUAUUUUCGUUGUCUUGAUACAAACAAAUACA